UAAAUCAUAAUCAUUGAUAUUUUUGGCCUAACAAAACAAUUUUAUGGUUAAACCCAUGCCAUACAUUACAAUCAUAUGUUCUGUGAAAAUUAUUAAUUAGUUAUAUAAAAAAUCUACUUAAACAAAUUAUUAUCACUACUUUUAAAUAAGUAAUGAUUUCAUUAACAAAGUAGUCAGGUGAGAGUAAUUUUAUGGGUAAGACCAAUAUAGCUUUUCUAAACUGACUGCUUUAUUAAAAACUGUUCAUGUUAUAUUUAAACAAAGUAAAUCUUAAAUUGAUUUACCCAAUAAUCCAACAUUGAUAUUUGUGUUGGAACACAAAUUUAAGUGAUCAACUGUGUGUAAUCCAAUAUUUAAAGUAAAUUACUAUUUAUAACAAUAGUGUCAUAAAUCAUAAAAAUAAUAAAAAAAAUAUUCAGUUUCUAAAACACUGACAAUUAACACUGAUUUUCACUUUAACUCCACAUUUUCAAUUUCACUUAAACUUCAUCUAAUGUAGGUAACCAAAAUGCCAUAUUGGUGCAGGCGGAAGCAAGCAUCAUAAACUUAGGGUUAAAUUGUACACAUUGUAUUGGAGCAGGAUGAUCACCAUUCAAAACACACACUUUAUAUCCUGUGUCAGCAUUCCAAACAUGAACUCUUCCAUCAGUUGAGCCACUGAAGAUAUACUGUGAGUCUGGACUAAAUGAUGCUUCUAUAGGUAUUCCUUUAUUAUUAAGGUGACCUGUAAAGGUCUGUAAAGGUGUGCCAUGAUAAGCAUCAACAAGGCGAAUAAUAGAUCCAUUUGUACUAACCAAUAUAGUUUUACCAUCUCGUGAAAAUUUUAAUCCAGUCCAAUCACAUUCUUUUUCUUGAUUCAACUUGAAUGUAACAAAAGGGCCUUUAUCAAAUGAUCUCAAAUCAUAUAGCUUAAUACUUUCUGAAUUAACUCCUGCAGCAAAUAUGAGGCCUUCAGGGUCAUAAGCUGCUACAGGUCUUCCUGACAAAUGCAUUAAACCUUGGCAAUUAGGAGACCGAAGAUCCCACAAGCGCAAAGUUUUGUCUAAUGAUCCAGAUAGAAAUACAUCUUCAACUGGUGACAAACAAAGAGUGACAACUUUUUUGGUGUGGCCAGGAAAGUAUCUUAUAUACUUGUUGUCGUGAAGUGACAAAUACCUUAUAGUAUCAUCAACCUUAGUUGAGCUGUGUAUGGCAGUAUUCUUGGCAUGUGUGAAAUGUAUUAAAUCUACACCAUAUUUUUUGCUGUUUACAGUAAUCAACUGUGUGCCUUUUUCACAAUCGUAUAUGACAAUUUGAUCAUCUUCACUGCAGGAUAUUAAUGUUUCACCAGUAGGAGAAAAGUCUAUACUGUUUAUUUUGUCUGUGUUUUCUCGAAACACUUUAGCCACUUUAAAACUUCGAACAACCGGGUCGAUUAGUUUCAUCAUUUGUAACAGAUAAUAAAAAUACGGUUACGGUACUUUAUAGGACAAUACAACUAAACUUUCAAUAAACGAUCAUACAAAACAAAUUAUUUUGCUAAAAAACAGACAGGAAUGCUUUCAGGAGCCGCCGCCUCAAAAUGUUGCAGUGAAAUUGAUUGAAUUGAAUGCAACUCCGCUCACUCGAUUGAAUGACAUACUGAACCACAG